UUGCUUGCUGCCCAAUCCCCCGACCACCACCCUGCUGCAUUCAUCCUUCGCUCUGCUCUACCCUUCCUCACAGCCCUCCGUCACAGCUGCCGCUUGCUCCUCCCUUUCCCUUCUUCUCUGAGGACCCCAGCAAAGCUCGACACCCCGCGUGCAACGCGCCUCUCCCGCUCUGCCCGGACCGCGUCAAGCGGAACACGAGGACGUAAGACGGGUGAAAAAGGGAACGUGUACAGAGAGCAAGAGAGAGAGAGAGAGUGCACAGUGCCUGGUAUCUAUUCCUCUCCGCUGGUAGGAGGCGAAGCAGCAACUGGCAGUACAGAAGGAACUCCGGCUCCCAGCCCUGUCAGAGGUAGGUGGACAUGCGUUCCCGUAGCAACAGCGUGGAGGACGCGGCCAGGGCGGGCGGGUCGCGGCACAGGGCCCGCUCGCGCCGGCGGAACGGGGAGCGCGAGGAGAGGCAGGACCCCCCGGGCGGGGGGGUGGGACGGGCGCGGGCGCGACAGAACAUGGAGGCCAGCGAGGACACCGGCACUGUGCGGAGGGGUCACGGGAGAGGCGGACACCACCAGGGUGACGGGACAGGGGCCGUCCCUUCGAGGAAGGCCGGAGACCUUUCCCGGGACGACCUCCUGUUCCUGCUCAGCAUGCUGGAAGGGGAGCUUCAGGCCAGAGACGAGGUGAUCACAGUGCUGAAGGCGGAGAAGAUCGACCUGGCGCUCCUGGAGGCCAAGUAUGGCUUUGUCACCCCACACAAGGUGCUGCAGGCCCUACAGAGGGACGCCAUCCAGAGCAAGGGCAGCCAGUGGCAGGAGGACAUCUAUGAGAAGCCCAUGGCUGAGCUGGACAAGCUGGUGGAGAAGCAGCGGGAGACGCACCGGCGCAUGCUGGAGCAGCUGCUGCUGGUGGAGCAGUCGCACAAGCAGGCCCUGCGCAAGCUGGAGGAGGAGAAGAGGAACCACAGCGACUUCAUGCAGAAGAGCGACGAGUUCACCAACCUGCUGGAGCAGGAGCGCGAGAGACUGAAGUUGCUGAUUGAUCAGGAAAAGGCUUAUCAGGAGAGGAAGGAGAAAGAGAGCAACAAAACAAUCGCCAACCUCAAGGAGGAGCUCACCAAGCUGAAGUCCUUCACGCUGCUGGUUGUGGACGAACAGCAGCGCCUGACAGAGCAGCUCGCCCAACAGAGCGCCAAGGUCCAGGAGCUCACUGUCAGCACUGCCCAGGCCCAGGAGAAGCUGAGCUCCGCCCAGGCCAGGGUGCAAGAGGAGGAGCAAAAAGUGUUCCGUCUGGAGGCGGAGUUACGCGACCAGGCUUCCCGCUUCCACCAAGAGCAGGAGGCCAUGACGGCCAAGCUGACCAAUGAGGACGCUCAGAACCGGCAGCUCAGGCAGAAGCUGGCUGCUCUCAGCCGGCAGCUGGAUGAGCUGGAGGAGACCAACAAGACCCUGCGGCGGGCUGAGGAGGAGCUACAGGAGCUCCGGGACAAGAUCAACCGCGGCGAGUGCGGCAACUCCAGUCUGAUGUCGGAGGUGGAGGAGCUGAGGAAGAGGGUGCUGGAGAUGGAGGGGAAAGAUGAGGAGCUGAUCAAGAUGGAGGACCAGUGCAGGGACCUUGACAAGAAGCUGGAGAAGGAGUCCAGCCAGGCCCGCAGCCUGAGGGCGGAGGUGGACAAGCUGAACCGCAGGAUCAUGGACCUGGAGAAGCUAGAGGACGCGUUCAGCAAGAGCAAGCAGGAGUGCUGCUCGCUCAAGUGCAACCUGGAGAAGGAGAGAACCGUAACCAAACACCUCUCCAGUGAGCUGGAGUCCCUUAAGGUGAGGAUCAGAGAGCUGGAGGCUAUUGAGAGUCAGCUGGAGAGCACGGAGCUCACCCUGAAGGAGGACCUCACCAAGCUGAAGACGCUGACGGUCAUGCUGGUGGACGAGAGGAAGACCAUGGCAGAGAAGCUGAGGAACAUGGAGGACAAGCUCCAGAACAGCACUGGUAAACUGCAAGCGGAACAGGACAAGGUCACCUCAGUGACUGAGAAGCUCAUCGAGGAGAGCAAGAAGGCCCUGAAGUCCAAGGCCGAGCUUGAGGAGAAAAUGCGCAUUGCCACCAAGGAAAGGGAGGAGCUCAGGGCCAAGCUGAGAGCAGAGGAGGAGAGGAGCAACGACCUGCAGUCCAAAGUCACCAUGAUGAAGAAGAGGCUACAGUCCCUGGAGGCUGUGGAGAGGGAAUUCCUCAGAAACAAAGCCAAAGAGGAGCACAUAAAGCUGCCUGCAGUGAACUCCUUCCACCAUGAGGACAACAAAGUCAAAGACCUGACACAAGAGGUGGAACGGCUGAGGCGAAAACUCAAGGAGAUGAAGGUGGUUGAGGAUGACCUGCUGAAGACAGAGGAUGAGUUUGAGUCCCUGGAGAAGAGGUACUCCAAUGAGCAAGAGCGAGCAAAGGCCCUGAUGGAGGAGCUGGAGAUAUCCAGGAAAGAGCUCUCCAAGUACCAGCUGGCAGAGAAGGAGGAAUCAAACCAGGAGCACAUCCUUUAUAAGCGUCUGAAAGAGGAGGAGGCCAAGUCGAGCCACCUGACUAGAGAAGUGGAAGCCCUAAAGGAAAAGAUCCAUGAAUACAUGGGCACAGAGGACUCCAUUUGUCGCAUGAAAACAGACCACGCUGCGCUGCAGAGGAAGCUGACGCAGCAAGAGGUGAGGAACAAAGAACUGGCUCGCGAAAUGGAGAACCUCACCCGGGAGCUGGAGAGGUACCGGCGCUUCAGCAAAAGCCUUCGGCCGGGCAUGAAUGGGAGACGCUUCUCGGACUUGAAUGUCUCCACCAAGGAGGUGCAAACGGAUCCGGCAGACAACCAGCCUCCUGAUUACAAGAGCCUGGCUCCUCUGGAGCGGGCGGUGUUCAACGGAAAGCCAUAUGAGGAGAGCUACCCAGUGGAGGAGCCCAACUGCGACGACGAGGCACCCCUCACCAAAUGCAGCCCUUCCAUCUUCAACAACGUGAACACUCUCAACAACAGCGUGAGGAGGUCCAGGGUGCCCUUCCUUAAGAGCAAAGAGGGCCAGCACCCAAUCAACGGCAAAGUGCUGCCCCGACAGAACGGCAGUCACAUACAGCAAGGGGACGUGGUCCUGACACACACCCCGGGUCAGCAACUGCACAUUAAGGUCACCCCAGACCACGGGCAAAAUAUGGCCACCCUGGAGAUCACCAGCCCCACCACCGAAAACGCCCACUCCUACACCAGCACGGCUGUCAUCCCCACAAGCGGUGGCCCACCGAAGCAGCGGAUCACCAUCAUCCAGAACGCCUCCAUCUCCCCGCCUGCCAAGGCUAAAGGCUCACCCUCCCCAGACGGGCCCUGCACGCCAGACAGGGCUGUGUCGCCCCUCACCAUGGCCACCUACUCCAGGGCCAUGACCCCGGACUCCUCUGGGUCCCUCACUCCGGACCGGGCCAUGUCGCCCAUCCAGAUCGUGUCAGUCACCACCGGCGCCCCUGAGCGGUCCCUGUCCACGGAGCCUGUGGAAGUGGUGGGGGGACACGCUGUAUUCCGGGUUACACCGGAGAGGCAGAGCAGCUGGCACCUGCAGAGAUCCAACAGCUCCGGCCCAAGCGUCAUCACCACCGAGGACAAUAAAAUCCACAUCCACUUAGGGAGCCCCUACAUUCAGGCCAUAAACAGCACACCUUUGAGUCCGUGCCACACCCCUGGGCAGGAACACAGAACUCAAGUAUUAACCAAUGGCACACCUGUGAAAGGUGGAAGUAAAAUCACCAGUAGCAUCACCAUAAAGCCCACCACUUCCCCAAUCCCAAGGCCUACACAAAUGACAAACCCUCUGGAUGGAUUCCGAAGGGCUGGCCCCACAAGGAUCCCGAAACCCAAAGCCUACGGUGCACCCAGUGGGACGAAUAGCACAGCCGGUUCAGGGCAGUGCAGAGGGCAGCCGCACCCCGCCCUGCAGUCGGAGAAGGUUGCAGUGAAGCGCCUCACCAAAGCAUGACCUUUGACCCCGGGCAUCUCUGAUCAGCAAGGACAAAAAAAAAAAAAAAACCUCAACCCACUCCACAUUGCACUCAACUCAUUUGUUAGCCUCCAUGGUGCUGUACGGAGACCGGAGCAACCACUCGUGUAGCCUCUGAAAACUGCUGUGUUAAUCAGGCCAGUGCAAAGCAAGGAAAUGUAUUCAGACAUUUGGCAAAGACCAUUAUAUGACAGGAGGACAUAUAACUGGAAGAACCUUGCCAAACACUUCCUAUCGGACAAAAAUUCAGGUUUAAUGAACAAUUCCAUGCUUUCUUCCAGAAAAGAUUUAAACAAUGUGAUAUAAAGUGAACUAUCAUAAAGAUACAGAAUUAUCAUGAAAUACAUGACACCACUCUUCUUGUUUUUAUAGCGUAACUGGCAUUCAUUUUUGAGCGGCAGUGAUAAUGGACUAAAAUUUAAUUGUGGUGCUCCCUUUCUUGUGAAUAAGCCCAAGAUAAACAUACAGAAGGUAAUGACUGGUAAAUAAUGCACUUUACUGAAUUGGUUGCUUUUUGUGACACCUCUUGCUGAAUGUUGUCCAAAAAGUGCAAAGUUCACAGCAGUGGUAUAAAACGAAGGAUGCUGUGCUACAUACCGUAAAAUCGAGUUGUUUAUAUGAUGAAGCAAUCAUUUUGUGUCUGAUAACAUGUAACUGGCUAUGUGAUACUUGAUUCGUGGAGUUAUAGCCGGGAACCUGACUCUGAACAGCUUUUUGCUGGUGCAACAUUGCCCUCUACUGGUGAAAAUGGCACUGACGCGUUUAAAAUUUACAUUCUAAAGAAAAUACCUGAUGUUCUGAUAUUUGACAAGACAUCGUAUAAACAUGUAUGAAGUGCAAAAA